UGGAGUUCGGCCAUGUUGGGUGUAUGUUACAGCAGGAAUGUGUAUAUCAACAAAGGGAUCGAACAUAAUAUGUGACUUGUGAUCAAUAAAUCCUGGCUGAUUAAUAGACGGUGUAUUUGUCAGGAGAGGUGACCAGAACAAAAGUACAUGAAGCAAGGCUAUGAAGAAAUCUAUUAAUAACAGAACCAAGUCUAACUCUAAAAAAUCAAGCAUUUUGUCAGAUUCCUGUAUGUUCAUAAAGGAGAUGGUAAACAUACACCCCAAACCUUUCUCGUGUUCUGAUUGUGGAAAAUGUUUUGUCAAUAAAGCAAAUCUUGUCAUUCAUCAGAGAACUCACACAGGAGAGAAACCCUUCUCCUGUUCUGAAUGUGGAAAAUGUUUUGGUUAUCACUCAACUCUUCGUACACAUCAGAGAACUCACACAGGAGAGAAACCCUUCUCCUGUUCUGAAUGUGGAAAAUGUUUUGGGCAGCUUACACAUCUUCUUAGACAUCAGAGAACUCACACAGGAGAGAAACCGUUCUCAUGUUCUGAAUGUGACAAAUGUUUUGUCACAAAAGCAAAGCUUGUCCAUCAUCAGAGAACUCACACAGGAGAGAAACCGUUCACAUGUUCUGAAUGUGACAAAUGUUUUGUCACAAAAGCAGAGCUCGUCAGUCAUCAGAGAACACACACAGGAGAGAAACCGUUCUCAUGUUCUGAAUGUGGAAAAUGUUUUGGUUAUCACUCAACUCUUCGUACACAUCAGAGAACUCACACAGGAGAGAAACCGUUCUCAUGUUCUGAAUGUGGAAAAUGUUUUGGUUAUCACUCAAUUCUUCGUACACAUCAGAGAACUCACACAGGAGAGAAACCGUUCUCAUGUUCUGAAUGUGGAAAAUGUUUUGUCACAAAAGCAGAGCUUGUCCAUCAUCAGAGAGCUCACACAGGAGAGAAACCGUUCUCGUGUUCUGAAUGUGGAAAAUGUUUUGUCACAAAAGCAGAGCUUGUCUGUCAUCAGAGAACUCACACAGGAGAGAAACCGUUCUCGUGUUCUGAAUGUGACAAAUGUUUUUUCACAAAAGCAGAGCUUGUCAAUCAUCAGAGAACACAUACUGGAGAGAAACCCUUUUCCUGUUCUGAAUGUGGAAAAUGUUUUGGGCAGCUUUCAAAUCUUGUCAGUCAUCAGAGAAUUCACACAGGAGAGAAACCGUUCUCAUGUUCUGAAUGUGGAAAAUGUUUUGGCUGUCACUCAACUCUUAGUACACAUCAGAGAACUCACACAGGAAAGAAACCGUUCUCGUGUUCUGAAUGUGGAAAAUGUUUUGACAAAAAUUCAGAUCUCGUCCGUCAUCAGAUAACUCACACAGGAGAGAAACCCUUCUCCUGUUCUGAAUGUGGAAAAUGUUUUGGUUAUCACUCAACUCUUCGUACACAUCAGAGAAGUCACACAGGAGAGAAACCCUUCUCCUGUUCUGAAUGUGGAAAAUGUUUUGGGCAGCUUACACAUCUUCUUAGACAUCAGAGAACUCACACAGGAGAGAAACCGUUCUCAUGUUCUGAAUGUGACAAAUGUUUUGUCACAAAAGCAAAGCUUGUCCAUCAUCAGAGAACUCACACAGGAGAGAAACCGUUCACAUGUUCUGAAUGUGACAAAUGUUUUGUCACAAAAGCAGAGCUCGUCAGUCAUCAGAGAACACACACAGGAGAGAAACCGUUCUCAUGUUCUGAAUGUGGAAAAUGUUUUGGUUAUCACUCAACUCUUCGUACACAUCAGAGAACUCACACAGGAGAGAAACCGUUCUCAUGUUCUGAAUGUGGAAAAUGUUUUGGUUAUCACUCAAUUCUUCGUACACAUCAGAGAACUCACACAGGAGAGAAACCGUUCUCAUGUUCUGAAUGUGACAAAUGUUUUGUCACAAAAGCAAAGCUUGUCCAUCAUCAGAGAGCUCACACAGGAGAGAAACCGUUCUCGUGUUCUGAAUGUGGAAAAUGUUUUGUCACAAAAGCAGAGCUUGUCUGUCAUCAGAGAACUCACACAGGAGAGAAACCGUUCUCGUGUUCUGAAUGUGACAAAUGUUUUUUCACAAAAGCAGAGCUUGUCAAUCAUCAGAGAACACAUACUGGAGAGAAACCCUUUUCCUGUUCUGAAUGUAGAAAAUGUUUUGGGCAGCUUUCAAAUCUUGUCAGUCAUCAGAGAAUUCACACAGGAGAGAAACCGUUCUCGUGUUCUGAAUGUGGAAAAUGUUUUGUCACAAAAGCAGAGCUUGUCUGUCAUCAGAGAACUCACACAGGAGAGAAACCGUUCUCGUGUUCUGAAUGUGACAAAUGUUUUUUCACAAAAGCAGAGCUUGUCAAUCAUCAGAGAACACAUACUGGAGAGAAACCCUUUUCCUGUUCUGAAUGUGGAAAAUGUUUUGGGAAGCUUUCAAAUCUUGUCAGUCAUCAGAGAAUUCACACAGGAGAGAAACCGUUCUCAUGUUCUGAAUGUGGAAAAUGUUUUGACAAAAAUUCAGAUCUCGUCCGUCAUCAGAUAACUCACACAGGAGUGAAACCCUUCUCGUGUUCUGAAUGUGGAAAAUGUUUUCUUAGUAAAGCAGAGCUUGUCAGUCAUCAGAGAACUCACACAGGAGAGAAACCCUUCUCCUGUUCUGAAUUCAAUCAUCAGAGAACUCACACAGGAGAGAAACUGUUCUCAUGUUCUGAAUGUGACAAAUGUUGUGUCACAAAUGCAGAGCUAGUCAAUCAUCAGAGAACUCACACAGGAGAGAAACCGUUCUCAUGUUCUGAAUGUGGAAAAUGUUUUGGGCAUCAUUCAAAUCUUCGUACACAUCAGAGAACUCACACAGGAGAGAAACCGUUCUCCUGUUCUGAAUGUGGAAAAUGUUUUGGGCAUCAUUCAAAUCUUCUUAGACAUCAGAGAACUCACACAGGAGAGAAACCGUUCUCAUGUUCUGAAUGUGGAAAAUCUUUUGUCACAAGUUUAGAUCUUGUCCGUCAUCAGAGAACUCACACAGGAGAGAAACCAUUCUCGUGUUCUGAAUGUGGAAAAUGUUUUGUCAGAAAUGUAGCUCUUGUCCGUCAUCAGAGAACUCACACAGGAGAGAAACCCUUCUCAUGUUCUGAAUGUGGAAAAUGUUUUGGGCAGCAUUCAAAUCUUCUUAUACAUCAGAGAACUCACACAGGAGAGAAACUGUUCUCCUGUUCUGAAUGUGUAAAUUGUUUUGGGCAACUUUCACAUCUUGUCCGUCAUCAGAGAACACACACAGGAGAGAAACCCUUCUCCUGUUCUGAAUGUGGAAAAUGUUUUGGGCAUCAUUCAAAUCUUCUUAGACAUCAGAGAACUCACACAGGAGAGAAACCGUUCUCAUGUUCUGAAUGUGGAAAAUGUUUUGUCAGAAAUGUAGCUCUUGUCCGUCAUCAGAGAACUCACACAGGAGAGAAACCCUUCUCCUGUUCUGAAUGUGGAAAAUGUUUUGGGCGGCAUUCAAAUCUUGUCAGUCAUCAGAGAACUCACACAGGAGAGAAACCGUUCUCAUGUUCUGAAUGUGGAAAAUGUUUUGUCACAAGUGCAGAUCUUGUCCGUCAUCAGAAAACUCACACAGGAGAGAAACCGUUCUCAUGUUCUGAAUGUGGAAAAUGUUUUGUCACAAGUUCAGAUCUUGUCCGUCAUCACAGAACUCACACAGGAGAGAAACCGUUCUCAUGUUCUGAAUGUGAAUUUUUUUUUCUCUCAAAUACAGAUCUUGUCCGUCAUCAGAGAACUCACACAGGAGAGAAACCCUUCUCCUGUUCUGAAUGUGGAAAAUGUUUUGGGCGGCAUUCACAUCUUGUCAGUCAUCAGAGAACCCACACAGGAGAGAAACCGUUCUCAUGUUCUGAAUGUGGAAAAUGUUUUGUCACAAGUGCAGAUCUUGUCCGUCAUCAGAAAACUCACACAGGAGAGAAACCGUUCUCAUGUUCUGAAUGUGGAAAAUGUUUUGUCACAAGUGCAGAUCUUGUCCGUCAUCACAGAACUCACACAGGAGAGAAACCGUUCUCAUGUUCUACAUGUGGAAAUUGUUUUGGGCAACAUUCAACUCUUGUCCGUCAUCAGAGAACUCACACAGGAGAGAAGCCUUUCUUAUGUAGUAAAUGUGGGAAAUGUUUUGCCAGUAAAUCAGAGCUUAUCAGUCAUCAAAGAACUCACACAGGUUCACACAACGAAUAG